AAAAAAAAAAGAAAAAAAAAAGCUACAUAUUAUGCAAUAUCUAUAUAUAUAUAAAUAUAUAUAUCAGUGAAUAAACAAGCUUUAUGUUUCUCCUACAUUCUGCAAAACUGUUUAAUUUUUUUUUUAGCAGAUCUUUUAUUUAUCUUUCUCUCUCCUCAAGUUGCUGUCCGGAGACUGACACACAAAAGAAGGACAGAGAGAGAGGGAGAGAUCACCUACUUCAACAUAGGGCCGAGAGUUGCUAAAAAUCUAAGAAAAUCACGUUAUUUGUGCAACUCGGCAGAGCUUCUUCAACCUGUGGGAGCAUUAUUAAUGAUCUCAACCUCACAGAGCCAUUACAUGUGGAAUCUAUCCUUGGGUCUUGGUAAUGGCAGCUGUAGACAAAACCCAUGUUGUUGUUGUUGAUGUAGAUGAAGGGGCUCGCCGGAGCUCCGUUACUGGCGGCGGUGAUGGGUAUUCCGACGCCAGAGGAGGUGACCGGUUGGAUGAGGAACACAGGAGUUCUAGCGAGUCAGGUACUGAGAUUGUGGAGAGGCGAUCCUCUGUAUCAGAGUGUUCUGUAGAGGUGGAUCUGGAAUGUGGGGUUCCUGAGGUUAAGCUACAUUUGGCUAAAGUUGAGAGGGACUGUAGGAUUUGUCAUCUGACUUUGGAUACAACCAAUCAUGAAUCUGGGAUUCCUAUUGAGUUGGGAUGUUCUUGCAAGGAUGAUUUGGCUGCUGCACACAAGCACUGUGCUGAGGCUUGGUUCCAGAUUAAGGGUAACAAAACCUGUGAGAUCUGUGGAUCAGUUGCACUAAAUGUUGUUGGUGUCAAUGAAGCUGAGAUGAUGGAGCAGUGGAAUGAGGCCAAUGAAAAUGCCACAAGAAUGGUUACGGCUGCCCCUGUUCACCCAGCAGAGACCCGAAACUUCUGGCAGGGUCACCGUUUCCUAAAUUUCUUGCUAGCUUGUAUGGUCUUUGCCUUUGUAAUCUCUUGGCUUUUUCACUUUAAUGUUCCUUCAUGAGAGGCCUAUGAUAAAGUUUUACAUUUUUCUCGAGUGUCAAUUGAGUGUUUUUUUUUUUUUUUAAAUGAAAAAAAAAAGGGAAAAAGAAGGUACUGUCUUUUCACCCUUUGUCUCAAUACUUGCUUGCGAUUAGCCGUCUCUCUCUUCGGUAUUGUUUAUAUAUUAGUGUCAUAGCUUCAGCAGACAAUUCUGUAAUUAUGUGUUCAUUACUCUUGAUUGAAUCUCGUACAAGCCAUUGUAACUUUAUAAGAUUUGUAGCAUUUGUUUUCGCUAAAUGUGAUGAUGGCCUUGCCUUUGUUUC